CUGAAGACAAACUUAGCUGAGAGACGGCAGCCUUAUAACACCCCCUCCUUCCCUGAUCCAUGGUUCUUGGAAGCCAAAUACACUUAUUCAGGAACAAGCAAAAACCACUUCGAAAUCAUCACCAUGGGUCUUUUCAGCCAUCACGAGGAGGACUACGAGAAGGUUGUGAAUGCCGAGGAAGGGAAUCAAGCGCAUCUUUCUCAUGAACUUAUUGCUGGUGCAGCCGCAUAUGAGGCUUCCAAAGCAUGGGAAGAUCAUAAAGCUGCUGCAGGUGGCGAAGUGAGUCAUUCAAAGGCAAAGGAGUUUCUUGCUGGGGCGGCUGGUGCUUUCGCUGUCAAGAUUGCCGAAACAAAGGGCCGGGACUUUCUCGAUAAGAGAAAGCUGGAACGUGAUGCGCAAGAGUAUGUUAAGAAUAACUACGCUGAGUAGGCCGAUGGCGCAUAACGGCCAGUUCUGGAUAUUGUGUGACCUCGUGUUGCGUGCCUUCGGUAGCAUGCCUGGCAUGCAGAGGUGUUGAACUUAUCGAGGAAUAUAAAUACAUAAUUACUUUCAUUUUAUAGUAGCUAUCGAGUAAUGCAUUCUUCUAAUUUCAUUCAACCAUUUUUCGAAUCGAAUCGAUUAUCAAUGGUCAACAUGGGCGA